AAUUCUGGGUCCGCCCCUGAGAGCAGAGGCAGAACCAGAAACCGGAGCGAAGAACUCAGAAGAACGCAUAACUGAAGACCAAAACCUUGAUUUCGUCAAUGGAGAUUCUCAACACUCAAAGAAGAGGGAGAAGAAAAAGAACAAGAAAGCAAAAGAAAGCAGUACUGUUAGCAUCGCCAUCGCCGGCUCCAUCAUCCACAACGCCCAAUCUCUCGAGCUCGCUCCUCGAUUGGCGGGUCAGAUUGCUCGUGCCGCAACGAUUUUUCGAAUUGACGAGGUUCUUGUUUAAAUCAUUAAGUGUUUAAUUCGGCUUUUUUUUUGUGGUUAAUUAGUUAUAUAAUGUAGAAGUUUUGCAGUACAAGUGAAUGAGGUUACUGGAUUUUGUUGAAGGUGAGUGUUUCUGUUUCUUGUGUAAGCAGGUUGUAGUGUUUGGUAAUAAGAUCAAUUCUGGAAAUGAUGCCCAUGUUAUGUUAUCGAAUCAAUCGUAUGAGAAUGAAAGUGGUGCUGCUUUCCUUGUAAGGAUUUUGAGGUAUCUUGACACGCCCCAAUAUCUAAGAAAAGCUCUGUUCCCUAAGCAUGAUAGCUUAAGAUUUGUGGGUAUGUUGCCCCCACUCGAUGCACCACACCAUCUACGCAAGCACGAGUGGGCUCCCUAUCGGGAAGGUAUCACACUUAAAGAAAAGGCUACAAACUCUUCAGCGACAGAGGUUGGUGUAGGUUUAAGUAAGAAUGUUAUGGUGGAGCAAGAACUUGAACCUGGAAUGAGAGUAACUGUUGCUAUGGGAACAAACCACAACUUGGAUUCUGAGGGUGGCUAUGAUCAUUUGAUUGGUACUUCAGAACAUGGAUUGAUUAUUAGUUCAUCACAGCUUACAAUACCUGCUUUCAGGUUUGCUUUUGUUCUAUGUUAGAAUACAGGUUUAUACUAUGCUUUUGUUGUAUGCUAGAGUGUACUACUUCCUUUGUCUACUUAGCUGGUCAACAUAGUGCCCUGAUACUCCUACAUGUAUGUAGAAGAUGUUGGUCAAGAAGAUCCAAGCCUAACCAUGAUAUUGCUACCAUAUGGGGUCUUGUUGAGAAGAAAUUACGCCUCCCUUGCUUUCCCUCCAGUUACUUCAAUCCAAACAGAGCAUUAGUUUCUCAUAAGAUGGAUUUCCCACGAUAGUCACAAUAUACAUUGGUGCAUGGUUAUAGUGAUAGGGGUGGUUACUUCCCUAUAAUUCAAUACUGACCCACCAGAAAACCAGAAGUUAUAAACAUUUUAAUGUAUACCAUAUAGAAACUUGUAUGUUGGAGAAUUUUGUGUGGGGUUUAGAUGGGGGCAAUACCAUCAGAGGACACUUUACCAUGGUACCAUUUGAGGUCUGAGCCUUUGUUUUGACAUAGCUUUUCUGAUGCAUCAGUUUUGGCGUCUUUAACUCUCCACCUCAAGUUUUAUUUAUUCAAAUUUUACUAGGCAUGCGGUAGCAUAAAAUAUAUGUUGCACUCACAAUGGCACUAUGCUGUUUCAUUAAUCCAUAGUUGUUGCAAACAUGAUUGUGUAUUUAUAAUGUGGCAGGCAUUUAUUGAUUGCUUUUGGUUAAUCCAAUGGGGUGGCUCAAUGGUAAGAACUUGAGAUUCCAAGUUGGAGAUCUCAAGUUCGAACCUUGAGUUGGGUGGGGAGGGAUUUAGGAAUAGGGGAGGGCUAUCCUCUCUUGUAUAGCCCAUCAUCAGAUGUACCAAUAAUAAUAAUAAUAAUAAUGUGGCAGGCAUUUAUUGAUUGCUUUUGGUGGACUUGCUGGCUUGAAAGAGAGCGUUGAAGAAGAUGAUAAUCUACAGGUGUGGUAAUGUGCAACUUUACUUACUUUGUUUAGGGUUUCUUCACAUGAUUGAAAUGGGGUGGAUUACUCCAGGUGCCAUUUUUAUAGU